AUGGGCGGCACUCGAAUGCAUGAUGGCGCCAACCAAGAUGCCCUAAAACCCGUGUCAAGGCCGGCACCCUGCGAUGAUGCCACGACUCGCGAAACCGUGUCACAGACGGUGGAAGACACGCUCGCAGCCCUGCAAUCCUUGGCACCCCAGGUAGAGCAACUGCUAGACAGCCUCAAAGACAAAGUCAAGUCGGUGCAGACGACGGGGCUCCCUGCGUUUCUACGGGAUCUGAACAAGAUACAGCUCUCUCUCGAGGAAAUGCGCUCUGACCUUGCAGCAACCCUGGAUGGCCCAAAGCUCAAGGCCCUUGGCCGCAGACUCGAAGUCUGCACCGUCAACGCCUCUCACAGUCGGACCAAGUGGGACAUCGUCAAAAAGCGCAAAUCGCUUGUCGCCGUCAGCCAGUCCUUCCAGGGCUCAGACAAGAACGCGCGCAAGAGGGAGAUUGCCCGCGUGGCCGGCCUGCGCGGCCGCGACAAGCAGCGGCUGCACCGCACGCUCAAGGAGCAGGCCAAGGUGGAGGUCGACGUGGUCGAUGGAGGCGCCGAGUGGCUUGAUAUACGCACGCUGCAGUCGGACCGACUGGCGCGACAGAUGACAGACAGCGGUUGGGGCUGGGGAGAGCAUUCGGUCGGCGAUGACGUCGACGAGUCUGAGUGGGAGGACGUCCCGCUGGCGAAGCAGGUCAGACGGCUGGCGGCGGCGGCGAGGAUGAACCGGCACGAGUAUCGCGUCCCGCGGGUGCGCGUCGUGUUGCCUAACAUUGAGCGCCGAGGGAACGACGACGUCGACGUGCUCUUGGACCAGCUGUCAAGAGUUGACCCGGGAAUUCAAGUCAUCUUCGAGACCCAGGACGGCGAUUUCUUGCAGCAGCCUCCUCCGCCGCUUCCAAAGGCGAUAGAGAAUCUCCUAGGGAGUGAGUUUGACGGUCUCACGCAAACGCUCAACCUGGACCACACGAUACUGGUCGAUCUCAUUUCGGACAUUACACACUCUCGGCUCCAGCCCCAGCCAUGGCAGGAGGAAACCACCAGGGCGCAGAUUGUGGAGGAGAACCAGAGCGAGGGCGGCGCCAUGGCGCGGAUGCUGUACCCCAUCCUCGACGGCAGGGAAUUGGUGUGCACUAAGGAGGCGGCCGAGCACUUCCACGAGGUUCUCAAGACUGUCGGGACGAGCACCGAGCGUGAGCGCGGGAGGCUGCUCGUACCCCUUGACGACGAGACUACAGCCAUGUCGGACACGGCAAUCCGCUCACGAUUCAUGGAACUGUCUAUACACCAGCUCCCUGCCACGGUGCAGAUGCCCGUCCGUGUCCUCGACCAAGACUGGGACUGGCUUCUGAUGGAGCGCGCCGUCUCGGAAGGCCGACUGCCGCCCGUGGCGCUCGACGUGGCUCGAUGCGCUGGCUUCAAAAGCUCCAAACUCUCGACGUACAUGCACGGUUGGGCGACGGACGAAGUGACGGUCACGUCGAACAAGGAGGUGCGGGGCCAGAUCCGGACGUGGGUGGAGGCGAACCGCCGGGACGACAGUGACUACGGGCCACGGAUCUGGAGGGUCGACGUAACGAGGAAUCUGCUCGCGAAGAGUGCGACUCCGCGAGGCGCCACGCCGCCUGAAUAUGGAAGUGGCGCCGCCGACUGGGGAGGGAGUGCGGGUGUUGCCGAGACGCGACAGGUGGUGCGCCAUGAAGGCGUUCAAUGA